AUGUCACAAAAAAAGCGUCAAGCACCAUCCGUACCGGGCCUACCAACGUAUGACUCCCCCGCCUCCUCCUCCAGUAGCUCAGAGCCAGAACCAGAAGACUACAAGCCAAAGGUCAAGCAGGAAGCAGCCGCAACCCAACAAGUAGCCGCAACCCAAGAUGUAGAGCCAGUCCAAAAGGCAGAGCCAACCCAAGAAGCAGAAGCAGCGCCAGGAGUCGUGGGAUACACCUGGCCACCGCCGGGCUCACCCACAGAGUCCGACACCGACGAACCCGAACCCGAACUUGAUCCACUUUCAGAUGAUAUAAAUUGGGAUGCCGACGAAGAACCACACGGAAACGAUGGUGAAAACGAAGCAGGACCGCAGACCAGCGGUGUCGUUGCCCCCGACACCAUCAUUAUCGUCGAAGAGCCCGUAGACCGCAUAUUCAGAACGCCAUCCUCGACGGGCACCGUAUAUUCGUUUAGAUCAGAACGGGCUGGAGCAGACGCAGUAGUAGUAGUAGACUCAGCAGCGUCCUCGCCACUAGGUCCAAAAAGUCCCACUCCACCUCCUCCGUCUCCCGGUCCACCUGCGAAUAAGCCGAAGGAGAAGGGUAUGCCAGUCGGUAUAGCUCCGAGACCAGGACACACAGAUGCAGAGACGGGCAUGGAGGAGGAUGCCCCAGAUGCUGCUGUAGCCCGCGCGGUAGCCGCAUCAAAGAAACGAAAACGCGAGGAGGAAGAGAAGAAUAGGCGCAAGGCGCCGCCGCGGAAGAAGACACGGUUUGCGACACCGGAGAAAGGGGAUGAUGAUGACGACGAGUCUGAUGCUCCAUCUGAACCAGCAGUAGUUGAGACGGGGAAGAAGCCGAGAAAGAAGAAGAACGACAACGGGAAAAAGGAAGGCACAAAGCCGAAACCCACCAAAGCCCCUCCCAAAAAACCGACAAAGAACACGCCGAAAGGCGGUAAGGCAAAGAAGGGUGAGGGUAUGGAGAAAGUUAAGUGUAGUGGAAGAACGACCAAGGGCGAGCCGUGUAAGAAUGAGAAGAAUGUGAAGAAUGUGAAGGAGGGAGAUGACUAUAAUUGUGGGAAGCACAAGUCUGAUAAGUGA